CUUGCUCUUUUCUUUAUUUUACUUGUUCUGUAAACAAACCUGAGCGAACUAAAGUUAUGAAAUGAAUUUUAAUAUUUGUGUGGCUAAAUAUACAUAUAUUUAAAGAAUAUGAAAGUCACAGCAUUAUUGAGGGUUGUAGACAGCAUGGAAAGCAUAUUUCCUGAUUGUUUAAUAGGAAUAUAUAUUAUGCAUAAGCACUGUAUGUUUGGGAUAUCUAAUAAUAUUUUGAGAAAUUUUAUGUGAUUAUGAAAUGAAUAAUAUUUCGAUACCUUUUACCCUGUUUCAUAAACUUUUAACGAAGAAUUAUGUAUACAAAUCAUCAGCGUAAGAUGCUGGCAGACGCAAUUUGUUCAUGUAAUUCUGAGCAUGUUCGUGCUAUUUUGGAUGAAGAUACAUCAACUAAAAAUACGUGGGAUGAAAAUCUUCUACACUUAGCAUGCAAGUGCAAUGAGUCUAAGCUUAUUGAAGAAGUUCCUAAUAAUUCUGGAUGCACAAAUAAAUGUUUGGAUAUUAUAUAUAUGCUAAUAGAUUUUGGUUUAGAUACUGAAGAAAGGGAUGAGAAUGGAAAUACAUGCCUCUUUUAUGCUGUUCAAAAUGAGAAUUUAGCUUUAUGUGACCUAUUACUACAAUGUGGAGCUGAUAUGUGGGCAAAUACAGAGUUAGGUGUUUCAGUAUAUGAUUAUGUCAUGGAAGAAUCUGCAUCUAAGCAGCUUAAAGAAAUAUUUAUGAAAUUUUAUCCAGGUCUUUGGAAAGCUGUUGAACAUGAAGAUAUUUAUCAAGUCAGGAAACUGAUUAAUUUGUGGUGUCGAACUAAUCUGCACAAGAAUGGAGUCUCUUUAAAAGAUAUUGCACUUCAAACUGGCAAUGAAGAAAUUAUAAGUUUGAUCCUUGGAGUGUUUGAAUCUAUGAAUUUGGUUUAUCAUAUCUUAGCAAAAAAUAUCAAAGCAGUAACCAAAAUGUUGGAAACAUGUCGGAAAAAAAUUCGACUUGAUCUUCGAAAAAUGAGUGACAGAGGUGCACCAAUUUUGUAUUAUCUUAUACAAUCUAAAGAUGUAUCGGCUGUUGAGUUAUUUAUAAAGUAUGGCUGUCAAAUAUAUACAAUAAUGCAAGAUUCACAGGGAUAUGAUAUGCCAGUACUGUUUUCUGCUCUAAUGAUAGAUACACCACCUGACAUCAUUGAAGCCCUUUUGCCAAAAGGCAAACCUCAGUUAGAAGAUAUGUUAUGCAAAAUCUUAUAUAGGGGUAAAACAGUCUUAGAAGUUGCUCUGGAGCAAAAUGUUAGUAUACAAAUUUUCAACAUACUGAUUGACAGAAGUGGACCAUUAUUACUUUCUGAAAGAAAUCAGUUCAAUCAAACCAUCAAAGAUUUGGCUAUUCUGAAUAAUCAAAAGCAAUAUGUUGAAGCUAUAAAUCAGAGUGUUUUUAAUUGGAUUUAUAAUCCAAGCAAAUACCCAGGCUGGAGAGAGCAGUUGGCCCUCUUUGGAUGGGAGUUUGAAGUAGAUAUGUUUCAAGUGAGUUCGAAGUUUCAUGACAGAGAACAAUAUGAUGAAGGAUUUCUUUCUAAACUAAUAGCUUUUCAAAUGCAGAUAGAACAUUUCGCAGAAGCAGUGGAGUUGGGCGACGUUAAAAAAUUCAUUGAACUAAAAGAUAUUGCAUUGGAAUUUGAUUUAUAUGGAAAAAAACUAUUAUGGCAUGCAAGAGUUGUGGGUUAUGGAAUGCCACUUCUUCACAGUGCAGUUCUACACAAUCACAAAAAAAUUGUCGAAAUAAUUCUGAGUGAAAAACCAAUUAAAGAAUCAAUUGAUAAUUUGUUUGAUCAGAACCAUCGAACAGCUCUUCAUUAUGCAUAUGCCAGAGCUACAGCAAAAGAAAUUAAAAAUAUGCUGCUUAGUUAUGGAUGUUCAGAACAUGUGCUAGAUAAAAAGAAUAAGGAACCUCUUGAUUUUAAAGACAAGCAAGACAACCCAAUUAUGAUGAAGCUACUUAACAGACUAAAAACAAAAGCAUUUGAUACUCAGGAGCCUGAUCCUUGGAAAAUUAAUUCCAGUUUGCUAGUAAAACAAAUAUCUUGUUGUCAGCAACCGGAAAUGCAUACUGAAGAAAAUGUGGAAUAUGAUUCUGCUUUUGAUUUUGAUGAAGAGGAACUAUCAGAAUAUUCAGCAGAUGAGGCAGAAGAAAAGCGGACCUUUUGUAUAAUUUCAUAGAAGCUAAACUUUCAUUUUCUUGUGCACCAUACAAAUUUUUUAUAUACCUAACAUAUUACCUAAAACGGGAUGUACAAAAACCUGCCAUCUAGAAUUUAAUGUUAAGCUAAGCUAUCUAUUUUAAUAUUUAGUAUUUGCACUCAUAGUUGAUAAAAUCUACAACUGCCUUGCUGAUGAAAUGCAUAUUUUUAACUGAAAAAUUAAAAUAGUGUGUUAAAAUGUAACAAAUUAUUAAUAAUUUGUUUAUUGUUUUCUGAAAAUAUUAAAAUAUUACCUGUAAGAAAAGUAACAUAGAUCUGUAAUGUAGCAAUGCAGCACAUGUUUAUGAAUCAAACAGUAAUUUUGAUGAUUAAUAUAUUUUCAUUUUUAAUCAGAAGUAUUAUAAAAGGAUACACAAAUAAGUUUCAAUUAACCAAAUUUGCCUUAAAUAUAAUUAAUUAAAAACUAUAGUCAUUUAUAUUUUUUUUUCCUUCAUGUCUAAUGAUGUUUGUUUAUUAUAUUCUUUACAGUGUGCUCUGUGUGUUUUGAGUGCUGAUUUAAUUGCCAUAACCAAAAGAUUAUGUUCCAGAUUAAACUGCUUGAAUGUAUUAAGAUAAAAGAGGAUUCCACAAGGAACAUUUCGAAGAGUCAGCAAAAAAACUUUGUAUGUAGCACACCUGACUGGAUUAAAUUAUACUUUAAUUAGC